AUGAAGUUAACAUUGUGUGUGGCGCUGCUUGUGGUGCUCGGCUUGCUGCCCCACAUUAGGGCGGACUGCUGCAAGCCCUCGAAGAUCAUCUAUAAGCUGAAAAGCACUGCCAAAGGCCUGGACUGUGGCAGCUUUGGUGGAAAAUAUCAUAAUCAUGAGACUUGCGAGAAGAAAAUUUGUGGCAACGGCGAUGGCGUAGUUGGCACUUGGUGUGGUCGUGGCAAGUGCAAUCCCUUUGGCUGCCACUGCAAGCGCGGCUGCCUCCCAGGCGAGCCCAUACAAAGUUUCCGUGAGAAGCACGGCGCCUUUAACUUUGAGUUUGUGAGCUAUGCAUAG